AUGACCGGCGGCCGCCGUUCGCGCGGCAACAGGUAUACGGCCGCGGUACGGGCGAACACGGGUAAAACGUAACAACAAAAAUAACAAUACCGAAGUACGGCAUGGCGACCCGCGGCCGCGUCCACCGCCCGCCCGCGCCACCGGUGUUACGCGGGAAAAACGCGUUGAUAAUUUGACAGCGGCGGCGGCGGCGGCGGCGGCGGCGACGGUGCGCGUAUCCAUACACGCGCUGGCACGGCGUGGGGCGGGCGGGUUCAGCGGGUGCGCGCGACCGGGCCGCGGGGGUUCGGAUUUUAACGAGAUUCCGAUGCACAAAAACCGCGUUUAAUCGACGGCGUGACAAUGCGCGCGCGAGAAAUCCGCGUGCCCGCCGCGCGUACGUUUACACCGCGGCGACACGAACGUCCGUCCGCCGCUCGCGGACCCGGUCGUUCCCGCGCGGCCGCGUCGCAUUAUGCCGUUUACAAUGCGCGAGCCCCGCCGGCGGACGCGACGGUAUUUACAAUACGUGCGCGCACAAUGCGGCAGCAUUGUACGCGCGCACAACACUGUAACGCGAACUGUACACGACCGGCGGCGAAUAUUAAUACGCGGACGCACUUUGUCGUAGCGUCGCAUUAUUACGCGGGCCGUCUCGUGCACACGCGGUCAACAAACGGCCCCGGGGGCGUACGAUUGAUACGCGAAACGCGCGUACGCGCACGCACGCGCCCGCGAACCGGCCCGCGUUGAUGCGUGAAAACGGAACAAAACGCGUGCACAACAAUAAAUGCGCGUGCGUGCGCGCGGAAUACACGGCCGACGACGACGUCUCGCCGGUUGAGCGGGGCGUGGGGUCGUGGGGCGCGAGGGCCGACGGCAUCAGAGACGCGGCGGUAUUAAUAAUACGAGUACGUACGAUGCGUAUUAUACAGGCAUCGGUAUCUAUUAUGUUAUACUGUUAUUACCCGCUUUCGUGUACAACGCCGUAUACGAAUUGAUAUGUGAAAUGUACACACGGACGUGUGGAAAAAAAGAAGAAAUAAGCGGACGGAAAAAAGAAAAGAAAAAGGGCGGUGGAAGAGGGGCGACAAUAAUAAUAAUGAUAAAAAACGCAUUGUACGUAGUUACAGUAAUAUUAUAGGUGCGCGCGUAUUAUACAGUGUGUUUUGCACUUAGUUUGUGGGCGGUCAUCGUUUCCACCGAAAUUAAAAAUUUUUUUUUUUUCGGAUUCGGUCGGCAAUGUCUAACAGUUCUAUAAAUGCCAUCCGCAAAUGAAUAUCGUGAGUGGAGCGAAGAAGCUUAUGGUUUUACAAAGAUGUUUUAUUUUUUUUUUUCUUCUGUGGACGACUUUUCUACCGGAAAUUUUGCUUUGAUUCACAAGUGUAUCACUCUUUCUGAAAGGAAAUUGAACUAGGAGGGUGCUUUAAAGCGGUCAUUUUUCGAUAUUUCCAGGAGUUUUCUCAAUAAAUAGAAAAAUCAAGGGAAAAAACAUUGGAAAACUAGAAAAAACGGAAAAAUAGGUACAAUAUUAAACAAAUAUUAACAAUGGAAAUAUAUAAUAAUGCAUAAGUAAUUAUUUUACCAUAAUACGAUACAUAGAUUGUCGAAAAAAGCAACACUAUCAACUGAACUCCGGUCAGAAUCGUUUUUCAUUAGCAAUGGUUUAUCAUUGCUUAUAGAUAUAUAUUAAAUUCCCGUCUAUAGCCUACCUUCUCAACUUCCCACCUGCAACAGUGCGCCACCCACUUGCGCAGUUGCCCGGCUUUUUAAAAAUUAUUUCAAAUUAAUAAUUAUUGCACACGCUUUUUAAAAAAAAAUGGCAUUCUUGAAAUAGAGUUUUCUUUAAUAUAUAAUUUAUAAUAUUCUUCGAGUGCGAUCAACAAGUUAACUGUCACGCGUGUACCAUGCACCUCUGUAGUGUUGCCAAGUAAUGUAUACCAUUUAAUACAAUGUUUGUCCAUUAUGCUAAACUAAAAUAAUCAUAACCAUUGAAAAAUUAUAAAUUUGUUUUGAUACUUUUACUAAAACAUUACUAGGAAGCUACACAAACAUCUUUUAUAGGAAAAUCGCAUUUACAGGUACCUAUUAAUUCACACGCUGUUACUGUUGUCAAUAACUCGAAUGUACCUUAAAUGGUACACGUACCACGAACCAUUUACCACAAGUGGUGCGUUUAGCAACAUUUUAUAAACAUUAAAAAAUGCCGCGGCAGUUAAUUUCUUAAAGUAUUAACAAGUAUUUUUUUUGACAAAAAUCGUAAAAAUCACGGCCUAUCAAAUUAUGUAUAAGCGAACUUUUCUCCAAAUAGUUUUUCGUUGGCAAUAAUUUAUCGUUGAUUACAGGUAUAACUGAAAUAACUUAUUAUGUAUCCCACUUUUCUAAAUACCCACCUACAACAGUGACCGUACCCGUCUCCAGUAUCAGCUUUUUUUUUCUUCUAACAAAUUUGACUGAUACAAUAUUUUCCUUUAUAUCAAAAAUCGUCUGAUAUAUUUAAAAUUAAUUUAAAAAUAUGAUUUUUUUCUUUGUUAUUCAAAAUAUCUAAACUACAUAUUAUAUUAUUUUAUGAUUAAUUUUUAAAAUUUUUUUUUUCUUUUUUAAAGCCACGUGGUUUAAUUUUUUUGAAAAGUCGAUAAAAAAAUUAUUUUGAUGCAAGAAUAUUAGGUAUUUCCGUUUAAGAAAAUGGAAGUUUUAUUGUGCAUAACGAAGGUAAACAUUUUUAAAAUUGGCUCAACAUUUAUAUGUAUUUUGGUAAGUGUCUUUCUAAAAAUAAAACCACAACCCUAUUUCCACCCCCCCCCCACCAAUUCAUCCUACUAAAUUUUUUCAUGUUACCGUAUGAAUGAAACACUCUGUAUACUAGUGAUAUGUAUGUACGCGUAUAUCAUGUGUGUAUGUGUGUGUAUGUUUAUUAUACCAUUCAUCGGGCGUAUAUUCAACGGCGACAGUGGAUACAGCUCGCUGUCAUUGUGUAUUGUCACGUACGAUUCUUGUCGGUCCCGAUAUACGAAUAAUAUAAAUGCUCGUGAGCCUUUAUAACAGGUCGCACGCGAAAAGGGCGCGUCAGUCAUCACCGCUGCCGCUGAGUUUAAUAAUAUAUAACAUGCCCGGUAGGUAUGGGACAUACUGUACACACAUGAUCGCGCGGGGGAAGAAGGGGAAAUAAUAAAAACGAGCAAACACGAUGACAACGAAGACGACGACGACGACGUGUAUUAUGUUCCGGCUUAUCAUUUACAUAUACACAUAAUAUUAUAUUAUACGUAUACUAUAGUGUGUAUAUCUAGCCGAGAUAUAUGGCUGCAGUGUAAAAAAAAAAAAAUCAACGCAAUAAUAUAAAAAUAUACUUAUUGUCCUAUUAGGUAAGUUUAAGGAAUUUUACAAAACACAAUCUACUAUAUCAGGCAAUGUUAUCGUUUUCAACCCGAUAUAAUGCUUCAGGGAUGUCAGUAUCCUAUAAGUGUCCUAACUUAAAACCUAUAAUCCGUGAAAAACCAUGCUGCAGAUUUCGUAUAUUUUCAUACAGCUUCGGGGAUUGGGCCAAACUCGGAUACAGUAUGUAAAUGUGCGGACGGGACCCGAGUAGUCGGUGAUGACUAGAAAAUAUAAAACUCACAGUAGCGGUGCAUGAAUAAGAUUUACAGGGAGAUUUAACUUUUGUAUAACUAAAGGUCAUUUAUAUACUUAUUUACUUCAGUAUUUUAUUCAAUGGAGUAUCCCCGGAUCAACUUAACUUAGUUUUUUAAUUUAUAUUUUUCAUCAUACGUAAAUUAAUGAAAAUUGUUGUCAAUUUAUUUAAUGUACUUUUAUUUCAAGCCAUUGACGAGGUAUUCUACUUUUUAGUUUUGGUUGGUGUCAUAGGCGAAACUAGACAUUUUCAUUAGACUAGGCCAUAAGAGUUAUUUUAUACUUAUUAAUGAUAGGAUUUUCUAAAACUGUACUUGGACUAUAGUUAUUCAGAUUUAUACUCAAAUUUGCAUUUCCAAUAUCAUUAUUAUUAUUAUUAUUAUAAUUAAGUACUUCCAAAUAGUAUGAUAGGUUAUCAUACCAAAUCUUGAAAACACCAUUUCAAUCCGAAGUCGCUGGACAGAAAUAUUUCGUGUUAGAAUUUGAGUAAAAUUUAUAUGUUGAAACUCUCAAGACUAAAAUAUACGUACUGUUACAUUUUAAAAAUAUGUUUGGAUUCAAUCAUUUGCCAAGUAAAAUAUUGUAUUUGUAAUUUUUAGAUUUGGGGUCAAGCGAGGGAUCUAUAAGUUUUAAUUUGAAGGGUAUUUGUAAAUAACCUUUUCCCUAGAAAUCUUGUUUCAAUUAAAACAUAACAAGAGACCACUUUUGAUUGGAUUUUUGGUUCUUUAAAAAAGUUAUUUUUUGAAAUUUUCAUUAAUAUUCGAGAAAAUGAGGAAAACCGAAUUCUUUAGGUUAAAAUAAAAUAAGAAGAAUACAAAUAAUAAGUUUCUCACUGGCAAACGUUUUAUAUAUUUAUUGUUCUUAUUAAGUUUUUGUUAUGUAUUUUAUUCAUUUUUAAACAAUCGUUGUUGUGAAAACGCGCAUUGUUGAAAUAGCAGUUGCUAAUGACCGAACUCCGUUCAGAAAAGUUUUUUGUUAGUAUUGAUUAAUCAUUGCGUACAGUUAUAAAUUAAAUCCUGUUCUAAAUCUUAUCUUCUCAACUUCCUACAUAGUCCCACGGUCGCAAUCGUUCCCAGUAUUAGCAAAUAUUUUAGUCUUUAAAUAUUGUCUAUAUAGUUAUAUGUUAAGCAUAAUUUUAAUAUAACUAAUGUUGUAAAAGCUAAACUGUUUGUGUUUGUAUGAACAAAUAAUAAGUAUUAAUUAUUCGAAUAAUAAAUAGUAUACAUUAUUUAAUUUACCUUCCUUGUUUUUUUAUUUACCUGAUUAUUUUUCCAUGAAUAAUUUUUCCAUUUAUAAAAUGUUUUGUUCCACGAUAACUUCUAUAAAAAAAAAUUUCAAUUGAUUUGAUUUGGAAUUCAUCAUGAUUUUUUUUAUAGUUUCUUAAAAAGUAUAUUUUGAAAAAAUAAGCUGUGAUAUCCAACUUUUUAAUCACCAUUAUUCAACGAUUUACAGUGUCGUCCCGUAUUUUUAUUUUAAAAUUUGAUAUUUAAGACACGAAACCGUUUUUAAAACUAAAACGCUGGCACAAGGUAUAUAGUUUAAGAAAUUCAAGCGUAAAUGUUAAUUAUAUUUAGAUAGAUUUAUACUCACAUACUGUUGUAAAUAAUCAUGUAAUAUGAAGAUUCUUACUCGUUAAACAUACUAUUAAUGUUCAAUUUCUAUAAACGCUUAUGUCGUUAAUAAAUCAUUAAUUGCAUUCGAUUUUGUAAACACUUACGUUCAAAAAAUAAAUUACAGAAAUGCCAAAAACCGCUGUAAAUAUCCACAAAUAUUAAUGUUCGGUAGAAUUAGGAAAAAAGUUAGUGAAACCAAACUGUUCAAAUGAUAUUGUACAAAUAUUUCUACACUGUUAGUUAAGGAUCGUUAAAGAUCUAUGGACUUAAUUUUUGAAAAUAUAUAUUUAGUAAUAAUCUCGUAGCACAUACGUUAUUCUCAAUAGGUGCUGAUUAUGAAUUACAUAAACGAUAUUUUAAUACACUUUUUAAUUUUAUGUGUUUUUUAGAAGUGAAAAACAGAAAGAGGAAUCAGAUAUUGAAACCGGGAUGACUAAAUGCUCAUCAGAUAAUGCUAUUGAAAAUGAUGAAACAAUACACAUAGAGUAAGGUUUUUGUAAUUAUAAAUCUAACGGACCGAUUAAUAAAAUAUCUCUGUAAUAAUUUUUUCUACACAUAUAUUGACCAUAAAAUAAAAUUUUUUGAUGAUCGUAGGCACAUGGAUCAAUCAUAUAAUAUUUAUAAUUAAAUUUACAUAAGUAUACAAAUCUUUCAAGAUAUAGUUUUAUUCACUUGAAUGUAGCAACUGUAUUAAUAACCUCUGAAUUUACAAUAUAAUCAUAUCAAGAACAACGGUGUUAUAAUUACUAGAAAGGUUGAUUUUGUAAAAAUGCUAAAGUCUCUAAAAGAUUUUUUAUUCCCGUGGUUUUUGUAAACUUUUAUUCUAAAUAAAUAAAUUAAAAAAUUGCCAAAAACUGUUUAGUAAAUGAUCAUAUAAAAAAAAUAAACAUAUUUCUUAACCUUUAUCACACUAUCAGUUUUGAUUGUGCAUUGCACGGCUAUUUAUAAUAAUCUUUUUUUAAAAAGUCAAGUCACUUUUUUUUUUUAUAUUCCAUUAUAUCCGUACAUCAAAAUUAAAUUGUAUGGUAGAUAUAUUUGAUUUACAUUUAAUAACAUAUCAAAAUUAAUUUAAAAAGGUUCACAAAUAUGUUAAACAUUAGUUUAGACAGUUAGCAGACUUUAAAUGAAAUUUUUAUGUUAAAUAAUUGCUCUAAUAAAUAUAAAUGACUUAUUACAUUAUACAUGGAUUCAAAUGUUAAUUAUAGUUAAAAAUAUUAAUACUUUAAAACAUAAAAUUAAAGUCACAUACUGUUGUAAAUUAUCAUGUAAUAUGAAGAUUCUCACUCGUAAACAUACUAUUAAUGUUCAAUUUCUAUAAACGCUUAUGUCGUUAAAAGAUCAUUAAUUGCAUUCAAUUUUGAAAACACUUACGUUUAAAAAAUAAAUCACAGAAAUGCCAAAAACCGCUGUAAAUAUCCACAAAUAUUAAUGUUCGGUAGAAGUAGGAGAAAAAUUAAUAAAUCCAAACUGUUCGCAUGAUAUUGUACAAAUAUUACCUCACUGUUAGUUAAGGAUCAUUAAAGAUCUAUGGACAAAGUUUUUGAAAAUAUAUAUUUAGUAAUAAUCUCGUAGCACAUACGUUAUUCUCAAUAUGUGCUGAAUAUGAAUUACGUAAACGAUAUUUUAAAACAGUUUUUAAUUUUAUGUGUUAUUUUAGAAGUGAAAAACAGACAGAGGAAUCAGAUAUUGAAACCGGGAUGUCUAAUUGCCAAAAAUAUCGCUGUAAAUAUCAAAAAAAACGGUGUUAUAAUUACUAGAAAGGUUGAUUUUGUAGAAAUGGUAAAGUCUCUAAAAGAUUUUUUAUUCCCAUGGUUUUAGUAUACUUUUACUCUAAAUAAAUAAAUUAAAAAAUUGCCAAAAACUGUUUGGUAAAUGAUCAUAUAAAAAAAAUAAACAUGUUUCUUAACCCUUAUCACACUAUCAGUUUUGAUUGUGCAUUGCACGGCCAUUUAUAAUAAUCUUUUUUUAAAAAGUCAAGUCUCAAUUUUUUUUAUAUUCCAUUAUAUCCGUACAUCAAAAUUAAAUUGUAUGGUAGGUAUAUUUGAUUUACAUUUAAUAACAUAGCAAAAUUAAUUUAAAAUGUUCACAAAUAUGUUUUCAUAUCUAUGGACAAUGCCCCAUUAAACAUAGGUGCUAUUAAAUAAACUGGUAUAAUUGAAAUUCAACCUAGCCGUUUUAAAAAUUAACACUAAUUGUUGAUAUGUCAAAUAAAUCAUAAUUUCACCGUUUACCGUAUACGGAGCGCGCUCUAUGACAGAGAUUUAGCGUUACCCCAUACAUACAUUGUAAAUCCUAAAAAGAGAACUAUUGGUAUCGUAAUUCUCGAUUGUAUUUAAGUAUAUUGCUUUGAAAUUUGAAUGUGGUGUAUCACAUAACAUAUUUUGUAUACAUCGGAGUUUCACUUGUGAACAAUUUGAUUGCGUCAAAAAAUGUCUUAUAAAAGUAAGUUAUGUCGGAAAAUUUCGGUACCUAAAAUUAUUUUUAACCGAAGUACAUAAAAAAUAUCACUAUUACUAGCUAUAUAGUUUUUAGCAACACAAUUUUUUUAAAUGACGAAAGAAGUUAUACUUAAUAGGUAUAAUUGGUGUUUUACAUAGAUAGAGCAUUUUGUACUGAUUUAUUGAGUACCUAGCUACCUACUUACCAGCUAUCUAUUAUUUUGUUUCCAUUUAAAUCUCUAGUAAAAGGAGUAUCCAAUUAAUUUUUUUUUUAAUUGGACAUUUAAUGAAAUUGGAUAAUUUAAUUAAAACUUCGGAUAUAUUUUUGUAGUUGAUGCGACUUCAACUUAAAAUAUUAAUGAAUUAUGUAAUUAUAUAAAUAAUAUUAGACACUGUAUGUUUUAACUUGUAUAUCUUACGCCGUAAUCGUGAAUUUGAAGAAGAAGAAUUGCCCAUUUCAUAAAUAAGCAACGUCGUUUCCAAUUACGUGGAAUUGGAAAUUUCAAUGCUAUAAAACUGCCAGUUACGUGAAAUCGGCCAUUUCAAAAAAUAUAAUUUUAUAAUACCAAUUAAAAAAAGCACUACAAACUAAGAAAAAAAAAACAUGUUCCGAUUUUGUGCACAACAUAAUGUAUGCUGGCGUUUAAAAUAAAUUGAUAAUUGAAUUAAGAAAAUUGAUCAUAAAAAGAAAAAUGAAUCAACAUAUUAAUUUAAAAAGUUUAAAAUUAUUUGAUUAUGAAUGAUUGAUUGAUUUGAUAUAAAUAAUUGGUAAUAUUUAUAAUAUUAGUAUACUUAUAACAAAUAUUUGAGUGCACUGUUCACCGCGUAAAACGAACGAACCGACUAAACAUUGAACAAUAAUGUUAUGCAAUAUAAAUCGUGGGUAUAUUGGUUUAAUUAGGCGAUAGAAAAUCGGAAACAUCAAUAAGAUUAAAAUCACAAUUAGAUUAAAAAUAAGAUCACACAAUUUCAUUAAUGUAAGUUAUCUAUAUUUUAUAACAAAAAAAAAAAUAUUGAACGAUGAUGAAAGUCCGGUUUUAGACAUUAUUGUUUAAUUAACGAAUUCAUUGAUCAACAAAGAAAAUUCUAUAUAAGUAGGAAAUAUGAUAUAUAUUUAGUUUAAUCACAAGUAAUUUGUAUUCAAUUUCUAAAUUUUCGACAUUACAAAGAAGUAAAAUAAUAAUAUUAGCAUGUAUAACUCGUACAAGGUUAUUUUCAAAGUGAUCGAGAACCGCCCAAUUUCUGAGGGCAAAACUGUAGAUUUUUUAAUGUCGGGUACUUUCGUAAGCAACGGUUGGCAAUACCUUUUCAUUUCCGAACUGUCAUUGCGUUAUCGAUUGCCGUCUCAUUUUCAUUUUUCUUUAUCUCUGUAUAAAAAUGUGAAAUGUUUAAUAUAAAAUUAUACCUAUGCAUAGAUAAUCAUCAUGGGACUAAUAUGAUUUUUUAAUCGUUUACACUGCAAACAGCUAUUUAAUCAUUCAACGAUUUAUGUUCACAAUAAUAAAAAAAAGGAAAGUGUAAAAUAUUCAGAAUGGAAGAAAAUCAAAAUAGUAAGAAUUCAUCAAAAUUUUCUAAGUGAGUUAAUGUAAUAUUCAAAAAGUAUGAGAUGGAAAUCAUAUAACCGAAUUCUAAAAUUCUUUUUGUACUAAUUGUUAUUUUAGAGACAAUGAACAGGCAAAAGAACUACAAGGUGCAACGGAGCUAACUGAUUGUUCUUCUGGUAAUGCUAACGAAAAUGAAAAAGUAUUACACAAACUGUAAGUCUUUUGCAAUUGUAAAUAUAUCCGAAUAAUUAAUAAAAUAUCCAUGCAAUUUUUUUUUCGAUACAAAUAUGAACAAUUAAAUUUACAUCAGUAUACAAAAUGAACAAGAUAUAGUUUUAUUCACUUAAAUGUAGCUAAUGUAUUAAUAACCUAUGAAUUUACAAUACAAUCAUAUCAAGAACAACGGUGUUAUAAUUACUAGGAAGGUUGAUUUUGUAAAAAUGCUAAAGUCUCUGAAAGAUUUUUUAUUUCCGUGGUUUUUGUAACCUUUUACUCUAAAUAAAUAAAUUAAAAAAUUGCCAAAAAACUGGUGUAAAUAUUUAAAAAUAUUAAAGUUCAGUAAAAGUAUAAAACUAGCAUAUGAAACCAAUUUAACAAGACUUUGUAUUAAUAUUGUUAAACAUAUAUACUACGAUCAAAAUUUCUAAAGACUAAAUUAUUGUUUCAAUUUUGUUUUUUGUUAAAUAAUUGCUCUAAUAAAUAUAAAUGACUUAUUACAUUUUACAUGGAUUAAGAUGUUAAUUAUAGUUAAAGAGAUUAAUAAAAUAUCUCUGUAAUAAUUUUUUCUACACAUAUAUUGACCAUAAAAUAAAAUUUUUUGAUGAUCGUAGGCACAUGGAUCAAUCAUAUAAUAUUUAUAAUUAAAUUUACAUAAGUAUACAAAUCUUUCAAGAUAUAGUUUUAUUCACUUGAAUGUAGCAACUGUAUUAAUAACCUCUGAAUUUACAAUAUAAUCAUAUCAAGAACAACGGUGUUAUAAUUACUAGAAUGGUUGAUUUUGUAAAAAUGCUAAAGUCUCUAAAAGAUUUUUUAUUCCCGUAAGAUUUGUAUACUUUUACUCUAAAUAAAUAAAUAAAAAAAUUGCCAAAAACCCGUUGUUAAUAUUUAAAAAUAUAUAAGUUCAGUACAAGUAUGAAACUAGCCAAUGAAACCAAUUUCACAUGACUUUGUAUUAAUAUUGUUAAACAUUAAUACUACAAUCAAAAUUUCUAAAGACUAAAUUAUUGUCUCAAUUUUGUUUUUCAACAUAUUCAUGACCACAACUCGUUCACAUAUAUUCCCAGAAUAUAAUUUAUGUAUACAAUAUUCUAAUAGUUUUAUCGGUUUAUUUUUGUCUUUAGAUGUAAUGAACAACCAGUGAAACGAGUUGGAAACGAGAGGCCAAAUGAUAGAGUUUUAUGUUAUUCCAACAAUUCUUUACCAUUUUAUACCGGGUGAGUUGAUGGAAUUUUAAAUGUUCCGGACUAACUAAUAAACUAUAUUAUUUUAUUAUGAUGCAUACAAUUUAAUAGGUUGGCCUAAAUUAAUUGAGGCAAGGACAGUUAGCAGACUUUAAAUGAAAUUUUUAUGUUAAAUAAUUGCUCUAAUAAAUAUAAAUGACAUAUUACAUUAUACUUGGAUUAAAAUGUUAAUUAUAGUUAAAAAUAUUAAUACAUUAAAACAUAAAAUUAAAGUCACAUACUGUUGUAAAUUAUCAUGUAAUAUGAAGAUUCUUACUCGUUAAACAUACUAUUAAUGUUCAAUUUCUAUAAACGCUUAUGUCGUUAAUAAAUCAUUAAUUGCAUUCGAUUUUGUAAACACUUACGUUUAAAAAAUAAAUUACAGAAAUGCCAAAAACCGCUGUAAAUAUCCACAAAUAUUAAUGUUCGGUAGAAGUAGGAGAAAAAUUAAUAAAUCCAAACUGUUCGCAUGAUAUUGUACAAAUAUUCCCUCACUGUUAGUUAAGGAUCAUUAAAGAUCUAUGGACAAAGUUUAUGAAAAUAUAUAUUUAGUAAUAAUCUCGUAGCACAUACGUUAUUCUCAAUAUGUGCUGAAUAUGAAUUACGUAAACGAUAUUUUAAAACAGUUUUUAAUUUUAUGUGUUAUUUUAGAAGUGAAAAACAGACAGAGGAAUCAGAUAUUGAAACCGGGAUGUAAGGAUCAUUAAAGAUCUAUGGACAAAGUUUUUGAAAAUAUAUAUUUAGUAAUAAUCUCGUAGCACAUACGUUAUUCUCAAUAUGUGCUGAAUAUGAAUUACGUAAACGAUAUUUUAAAACAGUUUUUAAUUUUAUGUGUUAUUUUAGAAGUGAAAAACAGACAGAGGAAUCAGAUAUUGAAACCGGGAUGACUAAAUGCUCAUCUGAUAAUGCUAUUGAAAAUGAUGAAACAAUACAUAUAAAGUAAGAAUUUUGUAAUUAUAAAUCUAACGGACCGCUUAAUAAAAUAUCUAUGUAAUAAUUUUUUUCUACACAUAUAUUGACAAUAAAAUAAAAUUUGUUGAUGAUCGUAGGCACAUGGAUUAAUCAUAUAAUAUUAAUAAUAAAAUUUACAUAAGUAUACCAAUCGUUCAAGAUAUAGUUUUAUUCGCUUGAAUGUAGCUACUGUAUUAAUAACCUAUGAUUAAACAAUAUAAUCAUUUCAAAAACAACGGUGUUAUAAUUACUAGAAUGGUUGAUUUUGUAAAAAUGCUAAAGUCUCUAAAAGAUUUUUUAUUCCCGUAAGAUUUGUAUACUUUUANCAAGAUAUAGUUUUAUUUACUUGAAUGUAGCUACUGUGUUAAUAUCCUAUGAAUUUACAAUAUAAUCAUUUCAAAAAAAACGGUGUUAUAAUUACUAGAAAGGUUGAUUUUGUAAAAAUGCUAAAGUCUCUAAAAGAUUUUUUAUUCCCGUGGUUUUUGUAAACUUUUAUUCUAAAUAAAUAAAUUAAAAAAUUGCCANAUUAUUUCUAUACAUAAGUUGACUAUAAAAUAAAAUUUGUUGUUAAAUAAUUGCUCUACAAAGUUCUAAUUUUAUAACACUUUAAAAAUAUGUUUUAAUGUUGAUUAAAUGUAAAUGGAUUUAUAAAAUAAUAUGAACAAUUAAAUUUACAUCAGUAUACAAAUCGUUCAAGAUAUAGUUUUAUUCACUUGAAUGUAGCUACUGUAUUAAUAACCUAUGAAUUAUCAACAUAAUCAUUUCAAAAAUAACGGUGUUACAAUUACUAUAAUUUUUGAAUUUGUAAAAAUGCUAAAGUCUCUAAAAGGCCUUUAAUUUCGGGCGUCUUUGUAAACAUUUACUUUUUAUAAAUAAAUUACAAAAUUGUCGAAUAUCCGUUGUAAAUAUUUAAAAACUAGACAAUGAAAACAAUUUCACAUGGCGUAUUUAUAUUAUUCUGGACUAGGAUAAAAAAAUUCUAAAGACUAAAAUAUUGCUUUUUUUUUAAAUGUUUCAGACUAUAACUUAUUCUGGUAUUUGUUGAACAUGGUUUAUGUUAACAGUUCUCUUAUAUAUUUAUUGGUUUGUUUUUAACUUUAGAUGUCAUAUACGGGCAGAGGAACAAGUUGAUACCGAUUGUACAAUUGAAAGAGCUUUAUUUAAUGUCAACAAUUAUUUUGCAUUUUAUUACGAGUAAGUUGAUUGAUAUAGUAAAUAUAACCUCUAUAGUAAACCUAACUAAUUAGUUGUCUUUUUGAAUAACGGUUAUAUAUAAAAAGCGUAGGCCCAAAUUUUGCAUAGUGUUAUGAGCCAAGUAGACUCAGCACGAGUUUAUAAGGAUUUUGAUUUUAAACUUAAGAAAAUAAACAACAAUUAUUCUAAAAUUAGUUUAUUAUGUAUACAGAUAUGACGCAUAAAUAUGUACUUGUUAUGACACUUGGUUAUGACUGGUUGACAAGUAUCCCUCGCGUUCUCUUUAUAUACAUUAAGAACCUUUAAUUUAGACAGUUACUAUUUAAAAUACAUAUCUGUGCUACUUUUCCUUAUAAUAUGAUAAUAUAAAAUGAUAAUUUAACAAAAUACAAUAGAGAUCUUCCGGAUACAAUAUCAAUUGAAUAGUAAUAACUACGGUUUAUUACAUCUAUUAUAUAAGACCAAGUGGUCCUAACAAUAGCAAUAAAAGUUAACCAUUAAUGAUAAUUUUGUUAAUUUUUGUUCUGCUAAUUUAUAAUGAACUAUCACAUAAAAAAUAUGUUAAAAUGUUAUUCAUAUUUAAAGAGAUAAAUAUAAUAACUAUUGAGAUUAAAGUUACACAAUUAACUACAACAUAACUAAUAAACUAUAUUUUUGUAUGAUGUAUGCAAUUUCAUAGGUAGGCCUAAAUUAAUAGAGGCAAUGACACUUAGUAGACUUUAAAUGAAAAUUUGAUGUUAAAUAAUUGCUCUAAUAAAUAUAAAUGAAAUAUUCCAUUAUACAUGGAUUAAAAUGUUAAUUAUAGUUAAAGAGAUUAAUACAUUAAUACAUAAAAUUAAGAAGUAGAAGUAUGAGAAAAGUUAAUAAAUCCAAACUCUUUGCAUGAUAUUGUACAAAUAUUCCUACACUGUUAGUUAAGGAUCAUUAAAGAUAUUGAAUAAAUAUUCCUGCAAAUAUAUAUUUCAUAAUAAUCUCAUAGCACAUACAUUGUUCCUAAAAGAUGCUGAAUAUAAAUUAUGCAUAUAAAAAUUUAACCCACUUAUUGGUUUCUUUGUAAUUUUAGGUUUGAUGAUGGGACAGCAGAAACUGAUAAUGAAACAGGGGGAACUGAUAGUCCAUCUGAUUAUGAUGAUGAGUAUGAUACAGCAUUACAGAGUUUGUAAGUUUUUUGAAUUUUUUAAUAUAAGGUACUAAUUAAUAAAAUAUCUAUAUAAUAAUUUUUUCAAUAUAUAUAUAUAAAUAAAUGGGUAAGGGACCUAUUUAACAUAACAUUGAUAGUUUGUUAACCAUAAAUAAAAAUUUGUUGAUAAAUUAUUGAUCUACUGAACUUUUAAGAAAUAUCACAAUAUCACAAAAUAUGCUUUAAUGUAAACCUAUUUAAUGAGAUUAAUAUAAUAUAUUAACAUUUAAAUUUAGAUACAUAUAUUAUUUUUACAACUCCCUGUAAUAUUUACCUAAAUGUAGCUACUGUAUAAAUCAACAGUGCUACAAAUUACUAAAAAUAUUGAAUUUGUAAAAAUUCUUACUUUAAAUAACUAAAUAACAUAAUUUCCAAAAACCAUAUGUAAAUAUUUAAAAAUAUUUAAUUUCAGUACAAUUAAGUAACUAGCUAAUGAAUGAUAAUUAUUCAAAUGAAAUUGGAUAAUUAUUCGUAUACAGUUAAAUUUGGAUCAAUAAAAUUCUAAUCACUAAAUUAUUGCUUUUUUUUAUUUUUAAAAGAUUUAGUCCAUAUCCUAUUCUCAUAAAGUGUCGAAUACAUAUCAUAUUAACAGAAUUCUUAUAGACUUAUAAGUGUGUUUUUUUAAUUUAGAUGUAAUAAAAGGAAAGCGGAACGAAUUGAAACCAUGAGGCGAAAUACUUUAGAUUUAAGCAAUUUCAACAAUAAUUCAACAUAUCAUUACGAGUAAGCUGAUUAAAAUAGUAUAUAUAUAUAUAUAUAUCCUAAACUAACUAAUAAAUUAUCAUUUUGAAAUAUGUAUACAGAUAAAUAGGUAGGCUAAAAUUUAGCAAAGCAUUGAUAGUUUCUUGACCAUAAAUUAAUAUAUUGGUUAAUUAUUGCUCUGCUAAAUAUUAAAGAUGUAUCACAUUAAAAAUAUGUUUAAAAAUUAUUUAUAUUUAAAGAGAUUAAUAUAAUAAUAAUUAAAAUUAAAGUAACAUGCAUUUAAAAAUUUUACAAAAUUAUAAUAAUCAUUCUAUAGGAAGAUAAUGUGUAUGUAGCAGAAUGGUUACCACACACUCAUUUUAGAAUCACCAGUGUUAAAUUUACAAUAAAUAUUCAAAUUCUCUCGCAAAAAUCUUUAAUAAAUCAUUAAUUGCAUUCGUUUUUGUAAACCUUUAUUUUAAAAAAUAAAUUACAGAAUUGCCAAAUACCGUUGUAAAUUUCUACAGAUAUUAAAAUUCAGUAGAAGUAGGAGACAAGCAAAUUCUAUGAAACACUUUACAUAAUGAUGUAUAAAUAUUCCAACACUGUUAGAUAAGGAUCUUAAGAACUAAUUAUUGCAAUAAUUUAUAUUUUAAUAAUCUCAUAGAACAUACAUUGUUCUUAGAAGAUGCAGAAUGUAAAUUAUGUAAACAUAAUUUUAAAACGAUUAUUGGUUGAAUUCGAUAUUUUAGAUUUGAUGAUGGGACGGAGGAAAGAGAUAAUGAAACAGUGAUAACUGAUAGUUCAUCUGAAAGUUAUAAUGUACAUGGUAUAGCAUUACGGAGAGUUUUUUGCAAUCUUUAA